AUGAGUGAACUGAGAUGUGCGGCUUCCGAAGAUCGUCGUAUGUGUGGCUACUGUGACGCCUCCUUGGGUGAGGAGGCUGUCAUGGCAUUGAAUCGCCUCUGGCAUCCUGAUCACUUUCUUUGCAAUGCAUGCAAAAAACCGAUCCGCCAAACAUUCCAAGUAUGCGCUUUGCUACAGUUUUUGUUUCUAAAUUAUAAAUGUAUUGGUACAAUGUAUCUUCAGGUCCAUGGGGGAUUCCCUUACUGUGUCCAGUGCUAUGCUCAGACUUUCAACCCGAAGUGUGCUGGUAAGCCUUGUGUUUUCCCGCCUCUCGAUUCAGUUAUUUUGAUAUGAUGCGUUUAUUUUGAUAUGGUAUAUUGUAGGAUGCAACGAAACCAUGGUGGACACCUGUCUUCUGGCCCUGGACAAGCACUGGCAUCCCCGUUGUUUCGUCUGCAAUCUAUGUGGGAAGCCGCUGCCGAAUGGAGAGUACUACUUGGUGGAUGACAAGCCCUAUGAUCUCGAUUGUCAUUGGGAGAAACGGCUCGAGAAGAGGACUCAGAUGAACAAAGAACGGACUCCAUAUUAA